AUGGAUAACCAUGGCAUCUGUGCCAAGGAGCCGCAUGUUAUUUCCCCAAAAUUGGCUGGGAUUGUGCCUGAGGCCUUGCUGAUUCAGCCUGGUGCUGUCUGGCAUACCCCCAGCUGCUCAGACCUCAUCCAAGGUCACAGGUGUCUCCUGGAAGAUGCUGACUUUAAUGCCAGGAAUGGAGAUGGAGCUACAAAUAAAGCAGACACAAAUGCUGAGGUCAAAUCCAAUGAUUACAGGCUUGAGGAGCUGCUGAUGGCUCAACAUCAAGAAAGGAAGUCAGACUUGGAUAGCGCCUUGGCGGCUCAGCUGGACUAUGCCUUCCCAUUGACCUCCAUUACUCCAAAUCACCCUUUCAUGCUGCCCAAGCCAAUGGCAGGAAGUGUGCUUAUAUUUGGCACCCUUUAUCCUGCAUAUUACUCCUACAAGGCUGUGAAGUCCAAGGACAUUAAAGAAUACGUCAAAUGGAUGAUGUACUGGAUUAUAUUUGCUCUCUUCACCACAGCAGAGACGUUCACAGACAUCUUCCUUUGCUGGUUUCCGUUCUAUUAUGAACUAAAAAUAGCGUUUGUAGCCUGGCUGCUGUCUCCCUAUACAAAAGGAUCCAGCCUCCUGUACAGGAAGUUUGUUCAUCCCACACUGUCUUCAAAAGAAAAGGAAAUUGAUGACUGCCUGGUCCAAGCAAAAGAUCGGAGUUAUGAUGCCCUUGUGCACUUCGGGAAGCGGGGCUUGAACGUGGCGGCCACAGCAGCUGUGAUGGCUGCUUCUAAGGGACAGGGUGCCUUGUCGGAGAGACUACGGAGCUUCAGCAUGCAGGACCUCACCACCAUCAGGGGUGAUGGUGCCCCUGCUCCCUCAGGCUCACCUCCACCAGGGACUGGACGGUCCAGUGGCAAACAUGGCCAGCCUAAGAUGUCCAGGAGUGCUUCUGAGAGUGCUGGCAGCUCAGUGUGUACCUGCUGCCCCACCUGCAGGACCCGGAAAGUGGUUGAGGGAGAUGUGAAUGAGGGUGGUGUGAAGUCAUGGGAGCCCCACCAGGUCCAAAGCCCACUGGCGUUUUCUGACGAGGAGGAGGAGGACCUGUUGGAGUUCAUGUACAAGUAUAAGGCACCGAGGAGGACGGAGUUGCCCCUGGAGGCACCGCCUAGAACCCUUCGAUACCGCUUCAGGAGGAAAAGUACCUCAUCCUCGGCCACGGAAACCACGUGAGUGAGAUGAGCCAACAGCACCGGAUCCACAGACGUCUCUCCUCUGCCUUAAAGAGCUAGUCACUAGUAACAAGGAAGUGCGCAGGCUGGGUGUGCUUCGAGUGUGCAGCCUCACAGACAUGGCCUUUAUUCGCUCCCCUCUUCUGCCUUUGAGAAUUUUCUGUUCUUUCCUUCUUGUUCCUGGGGGAGAGGCUAAAGGGAAAAGGUGGUGGUGGAGGUGACCUUUUUCCGUCUUCUGGGGUUAGUAAUUUUCCGCAAUUGGAUUGUCAUUGUGGCCACAAUGUUUUUAGAUAUAUAUAAGCACUCUUACUCUGCUGCUGAGAUGGACGUUUGUAAUUUAUUUGUUGCAUAGUUUUUAGUCCUGUAAAUGCAAACGAAGUGAUCUUUUUAAAAACCCUUUUUGUUGUUCUUGGUACUAAUACAUUGGACUAUUAUGUAUAUAUUUAAGGCUUUUAGCUUAAUGUAAUGAACUUGCAAGGGCUGCCAGAGGUUCUGGUAAGUGAGAGAGCUGCAAAAAAAAGAAAAAAGAAAGAAAGAAACGUAGACAAAUAUUUUGAUUCUAGACCAUGUUUCCAACCUGCUUACCAAGCCAGUGCCAGUAGGGCAUGCCUUCUCCUGCCCAAAGAUGGCCCAUGUUCUUCAAGUGGCUGUGCAGCCCACACAGCAGAGCUGAGCCAGGAGCGCAGGGUCUCAGCCACAGGAAGGAAGGAAGGUUGCUGAGUCAGGGAAGAGGACUCAAGAUCAGAAGCUUCUGAGCCCUUCUGGGGACACUGAACCUGCCUCACCCUUAGCAGAACCGUUUGCGGGACAUGGAGACUCAACUGAUGGAAGAAUUCCAAGUAUCUCAGAAACACUUGGCAAGAGUAUUUCUCCUUCAGGGACCAGUGCUGUGGCUGAUUUCUCCAGGAGGAAGAGCCUGCAUCUGAGCACCUUGUUUUAGAGAACACUAAGCAAAGAGAAAAGGCUAGAAGUAGGCUUUGUUUCAGAUGUGCUCAUAUAACACCAAAAGGCAGAAUCUGGGGUGGACUGAGGCUGAGAUCCACGGGCAGCUGUGGCUCUUGCUCCCCUCUGGCUUGUGUGGAAGAUGAAUGAAAUGGACUGACACUCAUGUUCACUCCAUGUCUUCGUGGAUCGCAUUGACAAUUUUGACAAGUGUUUGACUUAGAUGACAUGGUGUAGUCUAGGGAGCUGCCCAUCCUUCUGAGAGCUGAGCCAAAUUGUAGGGCUAGUCUAUUUGUGCUUAGAGUUGGUGUUUUCUUUCCAUGUAAUGCAUGCAGUGGUCACAACCUAGUUACUCAUAUUUGGAUUGUGUUUGUUCAUAGCUAUGCAUUGAAGACUAGAGAAGUAGUGUUGUAUACCAUAUAGAACUGUCAAUAACUGCAGACAGGUUCGAUUACAAAGCCCUCUGUUACUGAGCUACGCAAACAUGCACUGGGAGAUUGUCAGACUAUAUUAGCUGGACCUUGGCCACUUCACAAAGGGUUUUAGUUGAAGUUCAUUGCUGCCAGAUACACCUAGUGAAAUUCUCCAAAAGUAGUUUUAUAUUUUAGAACUAACCCUAGGGAACUAACUCAAAAGCUGGUGACUGGGAGGCAAAUAGUCUGCCUGUGGCCCACACCCAUCUGAAUCUGUUAAGAAAAACAUCUGUCCUGUCAGGCUCACCAAACAGUUCCAGACAAGCGAAAUGAUAGCCUGUAAAAUGUAUGAACCUGUCAGUUGGGUGUAUCUGGGAUGCAGAGAAACAGGUGCAGAAAAGCCUGAGAGAAGCAGCUUUGCAGCUCCCCACCCCAACUCACCCCCAAGUAAUAAACAGCUUUAGGAGCAGAGUUUAAGUCCUAUUAUAUUUUCACAUUUUACAACGGGAAGUCAUGUUAGGCUCUCGAGUUUGCACUCAGCUAUGCCAAAACCGUUUGCAGCACUCCUCCCAGACAUACUGUAUUACUUCUUGUUCCAGACUUUAAAAUAUACAGGUAUCUAAACUGUUGUCUCACUGUAAAUGUACUACUUUUCCUUCAAGUGUUUACUAGGGGGUUGUCUCCUCUUUUAAAGACACUUACUAUAGAGCUGAGCACAGCUGUCUUGUUUCUCGAAAACUGUGUUUACUUUUUGGACAAGCUGUGCAUUUGUACGUGGACUGACAUGAUGUGAAUGCCCCCGUCCAUGUAGUGUGUGGUGCUCUGUCUAGAGAAGAGAAAUGAAUGUUUCUACUUUGCUGGCUUACACACAGGCUGUUUACAAGUGCUAGCUCGAAAGUCUGCACUUGUCUCAGCUUUGCGUUCCUGGCCUUGGAGCACAUGCUCCAUUGCUGAAGCUGUGAGAUGAGGUCUCAUGCUUACCAACCGGAGAUUUAGUCAUAAUCUCUCCUGACUCUGUGAAUAGCUUGCUCACUCUGCUGGCCUUUGAUAUGUAUGUUCUCCGUAGUAAACUGUCCAUGUGUUUGUGUUAAGAGUGCUUGUCACCACAACCAUCGUGUAGCCUUCCCAGUUCUUGCACAGUAUUUGAAGUGUUGGAAGUGGUGAAAGAUGUGCUUCUCCUUCAGACAGUGACACUCAGAAGUUGAUGUUCUGGAUUGUGACUGUACACACUUCCUCUAGUUUAUUUCCGAAGCCUCUAGAAUGAGCUAUAAUUAAAUAGUAUACUGGACCGUGUCUCUAAGGGAUGUAAAUUGCAGUAUUCCAAAAGCUGAAGCUCUGCUGAUUUGUUAUAAUGCCUGAUAAACAUCUUGAAUAAAGUCUUAACAUUUUUCUUUUAAAAAA